AGUAUAUCUUUUAUGCAUAUUCUAUUUAUCACUUACUUCCAUUCUUCAUCAUCAUAGCUGUUUCCCCGAACCCUUUUUCUUCCUCUCCCUUUCAAGGUUCAAUUCAAUCAUCGUAGGAAGUGCCAAACCCUAGAGAUUUCAUCAAGUUGAAGCCUUUCUGCACUUCCGAUCACGUUCAUCACAUCUUUGUUCAUCUCAGUUGUCGCGAUUGCUCGUUGUUGCUGAUUUAGGGUUGCGGUUGAAAAAGCCCCAAUUUGAAAUUUUGUACAAUUUGUUCUAUUUUCAUAUGAAAUUGUUUGAUUUGGCUUUGUAAUUUUGCACCCUUUUGUGCUUUUCAUGUUUUUGUGGUAAAAGUUCAUUGCUUUGAACGUUUUCACCCUAAUAUUGUAAAAGCAAAAAACAACAAUUAUCAUCACAUUGUUAUAGUGUGUGUAAUUUUUUGUUCCUUUUUGUGUUUCAAUUUGGUUUCAUUUGAUUUUAUUGGAAAAAAAAAUUGAAAAAAAAAAGAUCAGUAACUGAUAAUUCUCAUUGCAAAUUUGCUUUGCAACCCUAUCAUUGAAACGAAAAAUAUCAUACUAUAAUUAGAAAAAGAAAAGAAAAGAAAAAAAAAAAACUGUAUCAAUUUGUUGAUGGGGAUCCCUGGAUUGAGCAAUCAGAAUAAUGGACAGAAAUGGUUAGGCAUAACUGAGCCGAUUUCAUUGGCUGGACCAACUGAGGAAGAUGUGAUCAAGAGCCAUGAACUUGAAAAGUACUUGCAAGGUGUUGGAUUGUAUGAGAGUCAGCAGGAGGCAGUGGGUAGGGAGGAAGUGCUUGGCAGGCUAGACCAGAUUGUGAAGAUUUGGGUUAAGACCAUCAGCCGGGCGAAGGGAUUCAAUGAACAACUGGUGCAUGAAGCAAAUGCCAAGAUUUUCACUUUUGGCUCCUAUCGACUUGGGGUGCAUGGACCUGGAGCUGAUAUUGAUACCCUUUGUGUGGGACCUAGACAUGCAACUAGAGAAGAAGAUUUCUUUGGUGAGCUACAGAAGAUGCUAUCUGAGAUGGAGGAAGUAACUGAAUUGCACCCUGUGCCUGAUGCUCAUGUUCCUGUGAUGAAAUUCAAGUUCAAUGGAGUUUCUGUAGAUCUUCUGUAUGCAAGAUUGGCACUGUGGGUUAUUCCUGAAGACUUAGAUGUAUCACAGGAAUCAAUAUUACAAAAUGUAGACGAACAAACUGUUCUCAGUCUCAAUGGAUGUAGAGUAACUGAUCAAGUUCUGCGUUUAGUUCCAAAUAUUCAGAAUUUUCGCACAACAUUGAGAUGCAUGAGGUUUUGGGCAAAGCGUCGUGGUGUAUAUUCAAAUGUUGCUGGUUUUCUUGGUGGUAUUAACCUGGCAUUGCUUGUUGGUCGAAUAUGCCAGCUUUAUCCUAACGCACUUCCUAAUAUGUUGGUGUCUAGAUUCUUUAGGGUAUAUACUCAGUGGCGAUGGCCGAAUCCAGUCAUGCUUUGUGCCAUCGAAGAAGGAUCUCUUGGACUAUCCGUUUGGGACCCUAGAAGGAAUCCUAAAGAUAAAUAUCAUCUAAUGCCUAUAAUUACUCCUGCUUAUCCUUGCAUGAACUCUACUUACAAUGUGACAACAAGUACACUGCUUAUUAUGUCGGAGGAAUUUAAGAGGGGAACUGAAAUAUGUGAGGCUAUGGAGGCUAGCAAGGCUGACUGGGAUACUCUUUUUGAACCUUAUCCCUUUUUUGAAGCUUACAAGAAUUACCUACAAAUAGACAUUACAGCAGAGAAUCCGGACGACCUUAGACAAUGGAAAGGAUGGGUUGAGUCUCGUCUCCGCCAGUUGACAUUGAAGAUUGAGAGGUACACUUAUGGCAUGCUUCAGUGUCAUCCACAUCCUGGCGAAUUUUCAGACAAAUCUAGAUCCUUCCACCAAUGUUACUUUAUGGGUCUGCAGCGUAAACAAGGAGUUCCGGUAAAUGAAGGUGAACAGUUUGAUAUAAGGCUAACUGUGGAAGAUUGGAAGAAUUCUGUCAACGCAUACACUUCAUGGAAACCUGGAAUGGAAAUCCACGUUUCCCAUGUGAAACGCCGUAACAUACCAAAUUUCAUAUUUCCUGGUGGCAUUCGACCUAAAGCAACUGGUGAGAAUAAACAAAGUUCAAAAUUAAGGGUUUCUGGUCAAAGUCAACCUGAAAAGUCUCAAGGCGGUAAAGCAGCUGUACUUGGAGCAGAUGACACAAGGAAGAGAAAGCGAUUGGAGGAUAAUAAUAACUCGCGGAUUUCAAAGUCCUCUUUAUCUCCUCCCAAUAGGGAAGUUCAUGAAGAUAGAACUCUUAUUAGUGCUACUAGUUCAUGUUCAAUGAAAUUCGAUGACUCUGAAGUCAAUAGUAUGGGUGAUCAAAAGAGUUUGAAACCUUGUCUGAAAUCGGCUGGUGAGAUUCCUUCUGGUGAUAGUGUACCCAAUGGAUCAGCGAUGCAUAACAAACAAUCUGUUGCUCCUGAUACAUCUAACACCAAAGAAGACGAACGACUAGCCAUCGAGCAGAUUAUGUCUGGUCCGUAUGAAGCGCAUCAAGCUUUGGCACAAGAACCGGAUGAGCUUGAAGAAGAUUUGGGGUAUAGAAAUCAAGUCAACGAUAAUGGUGGGAGCGUGAAAAGCAACAAUUUUGACUCUCCAAACUCAAAGUUUACAGUAGCGGAAGAGCAAGUUAUUUCUAAGGAAACCAUAUGUUCAACUCAUUCGUUUUCUAAUGGAGGCUUGGAAGAGCUCGAGCCUGCGGAGCUGACAGCACCAUUGUUAUGUCGGAUUCCUGCUCCUGUACCACAGAGGAAACCUCUUAUCAGGUUGAACUUCACAUCCUUAGGGAAAGCAGUGGAUAAAAGUUCUUAGACACUUCAAAGCUUAAGCUGCACCUUGAUUAUGAGCUAGAGGCAUAGGAUGGGGAUGUCUAUGGGUGCCAACAUAGUUGGAACGUAUAGAUAUCCCCUGAUGCCUUGAUGCACGUAACUUAUUGAAGAAAAAAGCUGCACCUUGAAGAUGUAUUGUAAAAUAGUUGUAGCUCAGCUCCUUGUUUCUUUAUGUAACAAUUUUGGCGAAGAAAAUAAUCCUGAGCUAAAAAAGCCAUCAACAUUUAUUUUAUGUGUAAAUGAGAAUAUGUUGCACCGGCAAAAUAAGAAAUAAAUUUUGGUGACUUAUGC